AUGGGAUUCAAUGUUUUCGGCGAUUCGCCGAGGUUACCUGUUCGUUCAGCUCAUGGCGAGAUCAGCUAUAUAUGGGAAAGACAUUUCUACAAAAAUCAACGGGAACAGGAAUCAGUCAUGGCUCCCCCGUUUCGUGCAGACCAAGUGGGUUCACUUCUACGACCAGAAGCAUUGAUCAAAGCACGAAAAAGCUUGCAAUCACCGCAAAAUCGACUACGAAGUGAACCCAAGGGUGACCAAGAGCUCGGCUCGGAAGAUGUAGCAGCAACCAAUCCUGCUGCGUCCGUCAAGGUCGAACAGGACCGUGCAAUCGAGGAAGUUGUCAAGGAGCAGCUGAACCGGAAGAUUUUACCCAUUGUGACGGGUGAAUAUGAGCGGACGAUUUUUUACGACAAAUUUUUCGAAACCCUCACUGGAUUUGAGGUUCGAUACACCCCCAUGAAGGAUUUCAAGUUGGAUUUUCCUACGAAUCGACCUCUGCUGGAAUGGGGUGUUCCGGGAAGGCCUGCAGGCUAUCCCACUGGCAAGGUAUCUCUGGACAGGAGUGCAUAUCUUGACGAUUGGCUGUACCUAAAGAGCCUACUGCCAGAGAACCAAUGGAAGAAUGCGAAGAUGACGAUUCCUCCACCUGGCUGGUGGCACAUACAAUUGAAGCAGCCUUACGACAAGGAAAUAUACGCGAGAGACGAAGACCUGCUGGCCGACAUGAGCACGGCGGUCAGAAAGGAAAUCUUGACGCUUUACGAGCACGGCUUGCGUGUCAUUCAAGUCGAUGAUCCGAAUCUGUCCUUCUUCUGUGAUGAAAAAUGGAUCGAGACUUGCAAGUCAGAAGGCGUCGAUCUCGAAAGGCUUUUGGAAUUAUACAUCAAAUCUCACAACGACGCGAUCAAGGAUUUGCCAUCGGACCUUCAUGUCGGCAUCCAUAUUUGUCGAGGCAAUUUUCCCAACGGGGUCGGGCUCGCCAGUGGAAGCUACGAACGGAUAUCGAGGAAGCUCUUCAACGAAACCAGCUAUAAGCUGUUCUAUCUCGAGUUCGAUAGUCCUCGAGCAGGAGACUUUACCCCGCUGAAGUAUCUCCCCGUCGCUAAAGCGGUGGUGCUUGGCGUGGUCACAACCAAGUUCUCGGAAAUGGAGAAUUUGGACGAGCUCAAAGCAAAGGUCUAUCAAGCAGCCGACGUCAUCGCCGAAGGUCAAGGGCGGAAACGUGAAGAUGCGCUUCAUGAUAAUCUCGCAGUUUCAACCCAGUGUGGUUUUGCCAGUGAUCAUUCUGAAGGGGGUGUCGGAAUGACGAGGGAGAGGAUGUGGGAGAAGCUGGAGCUCGUACGAGCUUUAUCUGAAGCUAUUUGGCCUGGUUGGAAUGAAUGA